UUUUGACAUUUGUUUGUUCAGAAAGUGUCAAAGCAAUUUACCGAUAAAUGUUCUUUUUUAUUUCAAUAAAAACAGUAUAAAUCGUUCAAGGUGCCUUUUUUCUGGAUAUAACAGUUAAAAAACAUCGUCAUGGCUUCGAGCGAGGUGACGAAGCUUCAGCAGCAUCUGACGCUGCUGAAGGAGGAGUACAGCAAGUUGCAGAGCCACUGCGCCGAGGUGGAGCGCAAGUACACUCUUGUGGCAGCGUCGGCGGGGGACCUGAGCGAAACCAGUUUCGUGGCUCGGCUUCUCAUGACUGUAGCCACCCUGUAUGGCAGAGAUACGUACUCGGACAUCACCAUCAAACUGCAAAGCAAGUCUAUGCCUGGCCACAAAUUUGUAUUGAAUGCGCGGUCUGAUGAUUGGAAUGAAGAAGCACUUAAAAACCUUGAAGAAUUGGACUGGUCCAACCUACCUGAUGACAUUGGGGCAGCUCUGCUCAAGUGGCUGUACACAGACGUGGUGGACCUCUCCCGAGGGGAGACGUUUGCGUUGCAGCUCAUGAAGUCCGCCGCUGGCUUCAAACUACACGGACUGGUUGGGAAGUGUGAACAGGCACUCAUUGCUACUGUUGGUGUUAGGUCUUGUGUUAAGUUCUACUCUGCCGCUGAUGAGAUUGGGGCUUCGGCACUCAAAGAGCACUGUUCUGGACUGAUAUCUGCUCACUGGGAUGAUCUCACAGGUGACGACUUCGCGCACAUGUCUUCGGCGCUCCUGUACCGAAUGCUGAAGAGCAAGACUGCCCAGCCUUUGCACGGCGCCGUGCGGCUCAUGCGGGAAGACGUCGUCUUCCUCUGCCUCGUCGAGAACCACGCGAAUUUGACGGACAUAGUGAAUGCUAUGUCUUCGCGAGGCGAGCUGCCUUUGGAGCUGGCUCUCCGAGGGCGCAGCGCCUCGAUCGCCACUACGUUGCUUCAGCACUGCGCAGACGCCGACGCGCGCGGGCCGCGUGGCAGAACUCUACUACAUAGAGCGGUGGAUUCAAGAGACGCGUUCUCGGCAAAGUUCUUGGUUGAAAAUGGAGCUGAUCCUAAUCUUACGACCAAAGAGGAAGGCGACACGACUCUACAUCUCAUAGCCGCACUCACAUCGAGCUCGUGCGAUGAAGACACGAUGGAUCAAAUGGCUGAAAUAGUUGAAACCAUGAUCGCUAAGGGAGCUGACAUUAAUCGACAGAACAGAAAAGGAUUCACACCUCUCCACCAGGCAGUAAUAGCGCGAAACCAAAGGAUAUUUGACAUACUACUGAAACAGCCAAACUUAGAUACCAACUUACGAACGGUAUCCGACGAACACCCGCCCCUGUACUACGCUCUCGUGGACGAUCGACGCGCGUCUAUAUCGUCCAGCGAGACGCUGGUCAUGAACGGGUCGAACCCUUUCGAUACUCCGGUCACGAACAAGAAUGCCUUUGCUGAGGAUCCAGUGGAGGGAAAAACGGAAAAUAUUGUCGAAAGAGGAUUUGCAGCGAAGCUGAUAGAGAAAGGGUGCCUCGCCAACCCGCUGUAUUCGGGAUCGGGAGACAGCUUGCUGCAUAUUCUUGCUCAAGGGUGGUUUGAGGACUCAGCAGUAUUCCUAGCCACAAAUCUGAACGGAGAGUUGAACCACACGAAUGAAGCUGGACUGACGGUGCUACACGCGGCGUGCGCCAACGGCCUAGCGCGGCUCACGACGGCUUUACUAGAGCACGGCGCGCGGCCUAACAUACAAACGUCUUACGGGGAGCAAGAGGACACUGUGUACAGGCAAACUCCACUCCACCUGGCUGUACUAAACAACCACGAGGGGGCGGUACUGGCGAUCCUAGAAUACAAGAAACAGGUGGAGAAGGGCGACUUUCCGUCCACGGACCGCAGCAACGCCAGUUUAGUGCCUAACCUUAAUCUCAAGAACUCCGAAGGCGACACGCCUGUUAGCUUAGCGCUCACUGAAGGUCACAAAAACAUUGUGGCGCCUUUGAUCGAGGGAGGCGCAGACCCAAACAUUCGCAACGGCAAGGGAUUCACGCUGCUGCACCAAGCUAUCGUCGAAGAGGACUCGAGGACUGCUAUCUACUUGCUCGACCAUGGAGCUGAUAUGGAUGCCUUGACGGAAGCUGGUGAAACUCCUCUUCAGUUAGCCAUCCACUGCCGCCUCGGCUUGGUGGUGGAAGCGCUGUGCGUCCGUGGAGUAGACAUGAGCAGACUCGAUGCAAAUGGAGUGCCGCCUCUGUGGGCCGCUCUGGACUCUGGACAGGAGGAAGUUGCUAGCAUCUUGGUGAGGAACGGAGCUGAUGCCGAUUGCUGGGGCCCUGGUCCCGAUGGAUGUCUUCAAACUCUACUUCACAAAGCGAUCGACGAGAACAAAGAAGCGCUCGCGACGUUCCUUAUCCGCUCGGGCUGCGAUGUCGAGUCCCCGCGGCGGCCGGGCGCAAACGGUGCGGGCGCAGACGUCGUUGCGGAUCAACACACACCGUUGCACUUGUGCUGUACUUGGGGGCUUACGGAGGUCAUCCAGACUCUUCUGGAACACGGCGCAAACAUAAACUCCAAAGACUUCGAAGGGAAGACGCCUCUUCACAUCGCCAUAGAGAACCAGCACUCGGCGAUCAUCUCGCUGCUCCUCUCUCAGCCGGGCAUAGACUUGUCGGCCAGAGACAACAGAGGAGUGUCGCCAUUCGCCGCUGCGCUGACAGCGAGAAACAAUAAAGCUGCUCAAGCUAUACUAGAAAAGAAUCCGUCCGCGGCCGAACAGGUCGACAAAAAAGGUCGCAACUUCCUUCACGUGGCCAUCCAGAAGUGCGACAUGGAGAGCGUGAUGUUCCUGCUAUCGGUCGAGGUGGACGUGAACUCGCGCGUGCAGGACGCGUCGCUAGCGCCGCCGCUUCACCUGGCGGCCGCCGCCGGCAACGAGGUGCUGCUGCGGAGCCUGCUGCUGGCCGGCGCUAGGCCCAACGACCGCGACGCGCACAAACGCACAGCCCUACACGUGGCAGCGGGCGCGGGUCAAGCCGUCAUCGUGAGCGCGCUAGCGAGCGGCGGCGCCGAGUGUGGCGCGGUGGAUGCGGCUGGAGACACCGCGCUGCAUGUAGCGGCGCGCGAGGGACACGCCGCCGCCGCGCGGGCGCUGCUUGCUGACACUGAUAUUGAUGCUGCUGCGACUAAUCUUAAAGGACGUAACCCUCUACACGAGCUGUGCUGGUGUAAGAAAGACAACGCAGCCACGAUAUGCGAAAUAUUCCUCGAGUUCAUGCCGGACUACCCCAUCAAUAGGACUGAUUUACAGGGUAAUUCCCCGCUGCUGCUAGCCUACAUGAACGGGCAGGGCGCGAUGUGCCGCGCGCUCGUGCGCGCCGGCGCCUGCCUCGCGCAGGAAAACAAAGAUGGCGUCUCCAUCUUCAACUACCAGGUGGCGACGAAGCAGCUGCUGCAUAGACUCCUAGACGCGCUGCCGGCCGAGGCGCCGUGGGCCGAGAGCGACCUGUGCCAGGAGUGCGGCACUAAAUUCACGCUUACUAUGAGGAAGCAUCACUGUCGUCACUGCGGUCGUAUGCUGUGCAACAAGUGUUCCAGCCAGGACGUGCCCAUACUGAAGUUCGGCAUGAACAAGCCGCAACGCGUCUGCGAGAUUUGUUUCAACGUGCUGCAAGUCGGCGCCAGUUAGUAACGACGAGGCUCCGUAGACUGCGGUGUGAUAUUCGCGGGUAGAUGCAUAGAUCGCUGCGUCCGGGUAUUGCCGACGAUGAUAAGGCAGACA